UACUGAUAUAUUAGUGAUGGUAUGAAUGGGGGUUUUUGAGUGAAUUAUUUCUCUUUUCUGGAACAUGUUCAACACAAAUCCUUUUCUUUCUGAAACCUGAACUCGGCCAUGUGACUGCAGUGUAGGACAUCAUACCAUGCGCUGCUGCUCCGCGCCGCUAGGUGGCAGUGAUGUAUCGCACGCGCUGCAGUGAAACUAAACACAGAUUCGGUGAGCAGUAGCAGCUGGUCUCGCGAAUUUAGUCUGCAGGCUGCUGGAGCCGCUGGAGAUAAACUGAAGCAUUGUGGCGGUUUCCGGGGCGCUUUUGGUGAUCUGAAACACCGUGUGGAUCAGAGGAUAAACACCAAAAUCCUGCACUGGAAUUCAAUGGCAGCAAGGAGCCGCAACACGGUGUAGGUGAUGAGAGAAGAGCAGCUGCUGCCCUCGCGGCUGGCGGCUCAGUAAGGCCGUGGGCUCAGCAUGGCACAGGGGGCGCAGCAGGUGGACAUUCACGUUCUUCAAGACCUGAAGCACCGUUUUCCCGAGAUCCCAGAGAAGGUCGUGUCCCAGUGCCUUCUGCAGAAUAACAACAACUUGGAGGUGUGCUGCCACCUGCUGGCUCAGGAGAGCAGUCGCUACCUCUACGAGGAGUACCAGAGCGGGGAAGAGGUGCACCUGAGCCGCAACCGCAUGCUGCACAUCAGCAUCGGCGGCUUUCCCCCGCCCAAUGAGAGCGCCAAUGCUAACGCCAACGCCAAUACAGGAUACGGCACUUACUUUAUAUGUGAUCCUGGGCGCUCAGCUAACACGCCCACUCCUCCACCCACUGUGCAGGGCAUUUCACCCACAUAUACUCCUGUACCCCCUCGCUACAUGACCCCCAUCACACUGGCGCUCUCCUCGAGCAUUCCGUCUGCUCCUCAGGCACUCCAGAUUCCUCCUGGUGCCUACGGAAACAGCGGAAACGCCCUGUACAUGCGCCCUUCUCCUUCUCAGAGCCCUCAGCCUUCGCCCUGGGCGUCAUCCAAUGCGCCUGUUUACUCUCCUUCACCGUACAGCACGCCACCGUAUCAGUCGCCCUACAGCUCACCCCAGCAUCAUGCCUUUUUACCCAUAAGCUCUCCUACCCUGCCCAACAUGCAGUACCAGCAGCAUGUCUCCUACAGGCCCUACAUGCCUGCCAAAAGCUCUAUGAAGAACCAGAUCGAGAUGACGCUGGAUGCCCGACAGCGCAGUAACUCCCCCAUACACACUUCUCAGGGGGCGCUCUACAUGCCCAACAGUCCCUCUCCGAGCUCCCCAUCCAGGGCCAUUAGCAUGGCACCACCCCCUGGGACCUCCUUUCACCCAAGCGUUUACCUGGGUGGCGCACGCCCCCGCCCUGCCUCCUCUCCGCAAGCUGGAAGCUCUGCCUUCAUCAAGAUUAAAAUGGGGCCGGGUCAGCAGCAGCUGGGUUCGGGAUCACCGUCACCUCCCGUGGAAACGGAGUCGCUUUUGAACAUCGUGGAUCAGGGCGAGAAACACGGCACUCCCGCCCCCAUCCUGCCCAUCUCUGCCUCGGCCAGUAGUAGCAUCAGCCACAUCAGCCACAUGCCCCGACGUUCCAGCUCCGGAUCUGAUGACUAUGCCUACACACAGGCUCUGUUGCUGCACCAACGUGCAAGGAUGGAACGUCUGCUGAAGGAGCUGCGGGCCGAGAAGCAGAAGGUGGAGCAGCUGAAGGCUGAGGUCAACGACAUGGAGUACGACGCGCUGCAGAGGCGCUUCAGACGCGUCAACAACUCCAGCGCCAUCUCGCUGCCUGAAGAUAUGACCAGAAUCCGGACGCACAACAGACAGCUACAGAUAAACAUCGAUUGCACCUUGAAGGAGACAGACCUGCUGCAGUCUCGAGGCAAGUUCGACCCUAAAGCAAUGAACAACUUUUAUGAUAACAUCCAGCCUGGUCCUGUUGUCCCACCCAAAAAAGAUGGAGCAGUAGCAGCAGCAGCAGCAGCAGCAGCAGGAGUAGUUGGAGUAGUAGGCGGAGGAGUAGUUGGAGCAGGAGAGCCAAGACCGAAGCCACCAGCACCACCGCAGCGUGACGAGGACUUCGAGGGCGCUCAUUGGAACUGCAAGAGCUGCACUUUUCUUAACCACCCGGCUCUAAACCGCUGUGAGCAGUGUGAGAUGCCAAACUACACCUGAAACCCCGCCUCUUUAUCAGCACGGCCCCGCCCACGGCUCAAUCCACAAACCUUACACCUUCAAUCCCUUCAUGCACCUUUAAAGGCCCUGCUGAGGGAGACGUGACCAAAUCUGUGUAUACUAUCAAGCCAGGCACCCACUUGAUCCUUAUGCAGGCCCCAUCCCCAGCCCUCAUCUGUGUACUUGUUUGAAUGACUUUUCUUUCCUACUGACAAGCGAUCAGGCGAGCCUAAGUGAAACAAAUCCAGGGUCUGGUCGGCUCUGGAGCAAAACCAGUUCAGAAGGGUGUGGUUUUAUCUGCAAAAGUGGGAGGGGAAGAGGCAUGGCCCCCUUUCCAGGCUGAAAGAGACAGCCAUGUUUACAUAUAGAAAGGGAAGCUGAGCCGACCAGACGUUGAAGUGGCAUGAGCCAGACUCUGGUUAGUCCUACUGUAGACUCACAUUGUACACUGUAAACGCUCAAGCGGAGGAGGAGGAGAGGUCGAGAACCGGAAAGGAGGAGCUCCUCGCUGAGUAAAGAACACUAAGAGACAAAAGUGCACAUGAAUUCUCUCCUACCUGGUACUUUUAUGCUUUUUAUGCCAUACUGUAUUGUAUUCAAAGGUGUUGAUUUUUUUUUUUUUUUUUUUGUGCGCAAAUGUAUCAUGUUGCUGUACUUAAUAAAGGAGUUGAUUUUAUGUGA